UUGACGUCGUCGCCGCCGGGUUCGGUGUCACGGGUUUCUGCGUGAAGGAGGCGGAGCUCUGGAGGAGGAAAAAAAAAAACUGGAGGGGGCAGGGAGAGUGGAAGGUCUGGCUGAAUAAGGGCCAAGGAGCAUCUCGGGUCUCCGGUGAAAAUCGAGAACCUGAACCACCACUCUUCUCCCUCGGCGGCUUGGGCCCGGAGCCUCCAAUCCGGGGGAAUUCUCCACCUCCCUUUCUCCACACACCCCCACCCCCACCCCCACUCGCGCGCCUUAAUUCUGCCUCACAGGCAAUAAAAGAAUUCUAAUGGGAGCACUGUUCUGAAAUUCGGUUUUGCUGGAUGCCAUUAUGGAUGAACAGCAAGCUUUGAAUUCAAUCAUGCAGGAUUUGGCAGUUCUUCAUAAGGCAAGUCGUCCUGCUUUGCCGCUUCAAGAAAUGGGAAAGGGAAAGUUAACUUCACCCAAAAAACAGAAUGAUGUACGAGUCAAAUUUGAACAUCGAGGAGAAAAAAGAAUCCUACAGUUUUCUAGACCUAUCAAGCUAGAAGAUCUUGCAUCAAAAGCUAAAGUUGCCUUUGGACAGUCCAUGAAUUUGUAUUACAGCAAUAAUGAGCUGGUAAUUCCAUUAGCUAUCCAGGAUGAUCUGGACAAAGCUGUGGAGCUCCUUGAUCGCAGUGUUCACAUGAAGAGCCUAAAGAUAUUGCUUGUUGCUCAUGGAAACACACAGAAUAACAUGGAUCCCUUGUCAUCAUUAGAAGAUUUGGAUAAUACAGUUUUCAGAGUAACAGAAAAGAAAAACAGGAAUUCUGUAAUAGGCUAUACUCGUGACAGCAGCUCUCCUCCUCCAGGAUACAUUCCAGAUGAUCAUGUGGCACGGAAUGGAUCAUUCACUAGUAUCAAUAGUGAGGGCGAGUUCAUUCCAGAAAAAGACUUAAUGUUGGAUCCAUUAUCACUGAGUAGCCCUGAAAAUUCUGGCUCAGGGAGUUGUCCUUCACUUGAUAGCCCUUUAGAUGGAGAGAACUACCCUAAGUCCCGGAUGCCAAGAGCUCAGAGCUAUCCUGAUAACCAUCAAGAAUUCUCUGAUUAUGACCUUCCAAUAUUUGAAAAGUUUGUCAAAGGUGGAACUUAUCCUCGGUAUCAUAUUUCAUACCAACAUCAAGAAUACAAUGAUGGUCGUAAAACUUUUCCAAGAGUUAGAAGGACCCAAGGAAACUGCUUACGCACUCCAGUAAGUUUCAGCCCAACUGAUUAUUCAUUGAGCACAAGCAGUGGGAGCAGCAUUUUCACUCCAGAAUAUGAAGAUGGACGAAUGCGGAGAAGAGGAAGUGAUAUAGAAAAUCCUACCUUGACAGUAAUGGACAUCAGUCCUCCCAGCCGCUCCCCGCGUGCUCCAACUAAUUGGGUACUUGGUAAACCGCUUGGCCAAGGUGCAUUUGGUAGAGUUUAUCUAUGCUAUGAUGCAGACACAGGACGAGAACUAGCUGUUAAACAAGUUGAGUUUGAUCCUGACAGUCCAGAGACGAGUAAGGAAGUAAAUGCCCUUGAAUGUGAGAUUCAGCUUCUGAAAAAUCUGCUACAUGAAAGAAUUGUUCAGUAUUAUGGCUGCUUAAGGGACCAUCCAGAAGGAACACUUUCUAUAUUCAUGGAAUAUAUGCCAGGGGGCUCAAUUAAAGAUCAGUUGAAGGCAUAUGGUGCUCUCACAGAGAAUGUGACUCGGAAGUAUACUCGCCAGAUCCUGGAAGGAGUUCAUUAUUUGCACAGUAACAUGAUUGUACAUAGGGAUAUUAAAGGAGCAAAUAUUCUUCGUGACUCUGCAGGCAAUGUUAAGUUGGGUGAUUUUGGUGCCAGCAAACGGCUUCAAACAAUUUGUCUAUCUGGUACGGGAAUGAAGUCUGCUACAGGAACUCCGUACUGGAUGAGUCCAGAAGUGAUUAGUGGGGAAGGAUAUGGAAGAAAAGCAGAUAUUUGGAGUGUAGGCUGUACAGUUGUUGAAAUGCUCACUGAGAAGCCACCCUGGGCAGAAUUUGAAGCAAUGGCUGCCAUUUUUAAAAUUGCCACACAGCCAACCAAUCCCCAGCUGCCACCGCACGUCUCAGACCAUGGUCGGGAUUUUCUAAAGCGGAUAUUUACUGAGGCUAAGUUGCGACCAUCUGCAGAUGAACUUCUGAGACAUACAUUUGCACAUUAUCACUGAUGGCCUGCCUCAAUCCCUCUCACCUACUGCAUUUUUUACUGCACUUUUUUUUAUACAGAGUUGAAAAAAGACAAGGGAGAAGUUAUUUCUCUUGAUUCUUUCUUUCAUAUAAAAUUGUUAAGAUCUCUCUGCAUAUUUAGAAUGCAGACUUUUUCCCAUUUAGAAUCUCCUUUGUUUCAGUAAUGUACUGAUGUGGUUUGCAUAAAGCACUUUAGUACAUAUUCAUUCCUUAUUUAAGGGGGUAAAGAAUUUAUUUGGACCAUCAGGAAUCAUGUAUAAGAUUGUCCCCAUCCCUGUUCCCUUGGCAAGCACUGCUAAUUAACUCCCAAGACUGGGAAGGUAUACAUGUCACUAGCAGAUUCAGAAAAACAGUAUAUAUAUCCAGUGGUUGCAGUGUAUAAAUAGAUAACAAAGAGCUCUCAAUUAUAUUUGAGCUUUGAAAUAAGUUUCAUCUGUGAUUCUGGAAAUUCAUUUAGAAGCUAGAAUCUCAGGUUGCUGAGCAAGGUACAUUUUGGAAAACAAACCAUCAUAUUAGCACAAAAAUGUAAACCAAAUAAGUGUUUUCUGCUUUGAAGAUAAGAAGCCUGUUGUUUAAUAGUGCUAGUGCAUUAAUGUCGUAUAUCCAGAAUCAUAGAUAAACAGAUUGUUGUAGUACCAGACUUCUCUAAAGUUAAACAAUGUCCACAUAUCAUGCAACAAACUGAUUUUCAGGUUAGAAAUAGUUGAUCUGUGAGGAGUCUCUAAUGGGUAGAAUGAAGUUUAUUUUCUGCUCAUAUUAAUUAAGAAUACUUUCCAUAUUCUUUCUUCUGUCACAAUUAUUCUUCCGGUUCCCUAAAAUAUUUUAUAAGGCCCAGGUUUUUUUCUCUCUACUGUGAGUUUUAUCAUAAAGUACUUAAGGUAGAAUGGGCAGGAGUGACAAAAAUAUAGUUUCUCUUUCUGUUGCUGCUGAACUGAAUUCUGUGUCUGAGAUGCAUAUUUUAUUUGUCAAACCACCUUUGCUUAAUCUGACUAAUUUGCGCUGGGUUGACUGUGCAGAAUUAACUUUGUGGGUUGCAAAUGCCUUAUUAAUUUGCAUUGAAAAAGCAAGUUUGGUAGAAUGAAAUCUGGAAGUUCCCAUGUGUAUCUAUACCAUAUAAUUCAGUUGCAGCUGAAGAAGAAGGAAUACAUUAUACAGAUAGGGGGGAAAAAGUCCUUUUCACUCCCAUUUUUUUAAAAUUUAUUUAUUUAGAUGUUUUACUUUUGAUUUAAAUAAUAAUAAAGGAAUAAUUAGAUUUGGGAUUAUUAUCCCAAUUGUUUCAACCCAUAUUUGGACAUGUAUUAACAUUAGAACUGUAGAAUGUAUGUUUGUUGACUGGCCCUUUAGGAUAUGUCUAGCACCAAACAAUAAAAGUAACUGGAAAAUGGGAAAGAUGCUUCCAUUUUCCAGAAGUGGUGUUGUAAACAGUACUAUUAAUUAUUUUCUAGGCUUUCUGCAAAAUGUCCAAAGCAAGUCAAAUUAUAUGAAGAUAAAUAUAUACUAUGAUGAUGCUAUUAAACCUGACUAACAAUUACAUAUAAAACAUAAGUUACAUAAGUAAGAAUCAUAAAUCACAUAUACAAUAUACAAUAUAAAGGUGCAUAUGUGAUUUAUGAUUCAUACUUACAAAAUGCUCCUGGCACCUUAAUCAUAACUUGGUAACCUGAGUUUACAGUCUUUAUUUAUUGUUAAAAUAAGUUCAGAUAGAUAAAGCUGUACUUCUGGAAACUAUUUCUUAGACAUGCUGAAGAGAAGUAGGCAGCUCUGAUCCAUAUAGUCUUUCCCCAACUAAAAUGUAAUUUCAACAGCAGAUCAUCAAUAAAUAGAAAUGUAUUUUUUCCAUUUUUUAUAGAACUAGGGAAAUCUUUUAAUCUUAAUAUCCCAAAACCGACAACCACCAAAGAAUUGUACAAAUAAUAAUCCUAGCGUUAUACAUUUUGGUGAUGUUGCUGCCCUGUUGAUUGCAGCAAUAAGCUGCAGCCAUUAAAUAUGGCUUUUGUUAUUGGAAGUUGACCAUAUGUUGUUAAGAGUACAUGGAACAUUGCUUAUGCAUUAGUCUAUAGUUGUAAGAGAAUUUAAAUUGGAGAAGCAAAUGUGGCUUGAACAAAAUUGACAGCAAAUCCUCUAAAAAAAUAAUACAACCUAUUAAUUGUUUUCUAAGGGACUUAAUUUUUGACUUUUGAAAAUAACAGAAAUGCUUCUAUAAAGAGGUCAGGAUUAUUUUUCUAAAGGUGUGCUUAAAAUUUACCAUAACAUGGAAAAAGGAAUCAUCAUUGUCACGAUUCCUUUCCUGUAACCCUUGAGUCUGUUAUGGUUCUGUACAGAGCUGUGUUAUCCUAUAUCUGAGUACAGGCUGUCUUUUUCUGGUCCCUGUAAGGAAACACUGUAAGAUUCUGAAUUUGCUAAACUUCCAUCAGGCUGUAGCUAUGCAAAUUAUGUAAAACAUGAAAAUGUGCAUCAUUUGGUCCCAAGUAGACUAAAAGGAGAGACCACAAGAGAAGUCCUCCCCCCACAUUUAUCAAGGUGUAUAUGUAUAUUUAAUAGUUUUAUCAAAAUUCUGUGCUCUGCUCAAUUAACAGGGCUUUGAAAUGUUUAAAAUCUAGCAGUCAGACAAUCAUUGCAGCCUCUGAGUGACCUCUGACAGCGCUGUUGCACCAGUUCAAAAUUGUUGAAUGAAAAUAUUUGCUCGUGUAGACUAUUUUGAAGACCAGGUUUAAUGAAUCUUCCACUUAUUUCAGAAGGUACUAUCUAAAGCAACAAUCCUAAAUGCAUUAAGGAAUACUUUACACUGAAUACAGGGAUAUUUUUUUCUUUUUAGCAAAUAUGCAUAGGAUUAAGGUGUUGGAUUUUUUUCCUCCAAAUCUGAAACAGAGCCUUAAAUUAUUUUUUGCAGGGAGACAGGAAUCAAACUCCAUCCAGAAAUUUCUAGAUUUUAAAUGGCAGAAAUUUCUGCCAUUUAAAUGGCAACACUAAUCAGCUAUACUUUUAAACAAAUUUACAAAGUCCUGUUUCAGCUGUAAAACAUGAACUUGAUACUGUUGGAAUAGAAUCACUGGUUGCCUCUCCUUGCUCUUUCACUAUGUAAGUAACAGCCUGUUUAUGGUGCUUUUCUGCUAUAAUUUGAUCUCUCUUGGAUUGGCUUUAUCCCACCAUGCCUUUUUGGAAUUUAGAAGCUUAGGGGAGUGAGUUCUUAAAAUUAUACUAGGGCAGUGAGGACGAUGGGCUCAGCAUGCCAAAAAUUCAGAAAAUGCCAACAUUGACUUUGCUGGCAUAUCACAUUCCGCCCCUCCCCCAGUCAAAGAGGCCUGUCUUGACUCCCUUCUAGAUUCUCCUCAUUCUGUGGAAGACACAUAAAAGAGCCCUGCUCUUGGAGGGCCUCUGAAGCUUCAGAAAAAUCACCCGAGAGCAUUCUUGUGAGAUUUUCUGAGUCUCCAGAGGCCCUCCAAGAGCAGGAUCUUCUUAUGCAACUCCUAGAGGGUCUGGAGACCUGAUGUAUCACCAAAAAUGACAUGGCAUAUCAUAGGUUAGGUAUCGUACUAAGGUCUUUUAGGAGUCUGGCACAGUGCUAACCUGAUUAUCAACAGGUCUGAUGUUCACAUGAUGUAUGAUACUGUGCUAACAACUGGGACAGAAGGUAAAUGUGAUUAUGUAGGAAGUGUUGACUUCUUGUCCCUGAUUUGGGGUGUGAAAUAUGUUUUUUAUACAAAAUAGUAAGUGCUGACAUCAACUGAACUUUGGAGAAGGCUUGUUUCUUUUAUCAUUUUAUUAAUCAAAUGCAUAAGAAUAGCUCAUGAAUUUGUGAAUCCUCGAAAGAGAAGUAAUGUGAAAUUUGCAAAAUUCUGCAGCUCUAAAAUGUUUAAAAGUAAUAAGGUCUUUAAAAUGGCUUUAAUUCUAUGGAGUAAACAGGUAUGAGAGCACUCAGUAUUACGUGAAGGAAUAAAAAAAGAUAUUAGAUGGCUUAAAUUCAUGUAGAACAAGAAAUGUAAGAGUGAGGCAAUACUUUUUGCUAAUAAAUUAGAAAAAAACCCAGAAAUUUAGGCAAUUAGAAUUUAAUAUACUCUGAACAGGAGUAAUUUUGUGAUCAAGUUGUUUGAAUAUGGAUGAGUGUAGGAGUUGCUUUAGGUAAAAAAAAAUGGUGAUACAAUAGCCCUUUGCCUUUCUAAAGUUAUGUGCAAUUUAAAAUAUAUUCCUUAUCAAAAUAUCUGAAUUAUAAGAUUUAUUUUGCUGUGUAUAUUUUACAUAUAAUUUCUAUACAGAACAAUUUACAAUGACCCUAAACCUAUAUUUUAAGUGUGUUUAUAUUUGAAGUAGCAUGGGAUAUUUCUAUCCAUGCUAUUUUUAUUCUAGGGAGCUAAAGAUACACUAGGGACUCAUAAAAUGCAGGACAUUUCCAUUUUAUUUUGUGCUUUAUAUAAACAUUUAAACUUUAGUCUGAGUACUUCUAUUACCCAAAGGUAAUAAUGUGAUCUUCAAAGAUAAUGUCUAGUGCAGGUUAAGAAUUAGAAAAUCUUGUAAUGUCCAAAGAAGUAUCUUGAAAGUAGGCAGAGUCCAAAAUUGUAGAUCACUUGCCAGAUUGCAGGGCACUUUGUGCUGCUGAAAUCCGUAGUGUGGCUGAGGGAGAAAGAGAGAGAGAGAGAGAAAAAAAAAACCCAACAGAGUCAGAAUGAUAGCUGUGCCUUCUUUUAAUAUUGUGUUUUGUCUUGACAAUGACAAUAUAAAAGUGCUUCAAAAAAAGAUGAAUAUAAAGAGGAUUCCCAAACACUUCUAAAACCAGCUGUAGUGGAGGGAGGUAGCUCAGUUACUAAUGGUUACCCUUAAGCCACAAGGGUCAGUUCCCAGCAAUUUGGCAUGUAGUUAUUGAAGUACACACCCAGUUUUGGUAUGAAUUUGUAAUUAAAAGUUUACAAAGCAAAACAAAAAGCAUAGUGAUUGACAGCAAACUUGCUGUUACAAUUCAAGCCAAAUUUUGAUAGUUUUCAUUACAUUUUCCUUGGAUUUCAUCAAAUGAGGCUGGGGACAGUUUAUGUGAUUAUAGGCAAAAGUCUCCUAACUAGAAACUUUUAAUAAGUAUAUCAAUGUAGCUAGAAAGAAAACACUAAUAUAAAGAUACUUAUGUUUCUAAAUAUCUAAGGUGAUAUUUAGAAUCCUUCAAAGCUUGCCAAUACAAAUUGUGUCUGUUGACAGUGAUUUGUAACAUUGUUUUUUAGUCUUAGAAUUUCAAAAGUAUAAACAUAUAAUAAGAUCAUGAAACAAAAGCUUGCUUUCUCAUAAAUAUUAUUUAAUGAUAUUUCAAAGUCUAUAUAUUCUUUAUAUUAUUAAAAUGAUUAUGAGAAAAUGGUAUGGGAAUAUGUCACGUUCAAAUGAAUGUGACAUAAAAUGAAACUGGAAACACUAAAGGGAAAAUUUGAUAUCCCUCAGAGCUGAGUAGACAUAAACUACAUAUAGCACAUAACCAUGUCUUUAUUUGUCUUAAAAAUGAAGACAAAUGCAUAGCUGGCUUUUCUACUACAUGAAAAAUAAUUCAGUAUAUUAUUUUUCAGCCCAUUUGUGCAAGAUUUAAUGUGUGUCCAACUGCAUUAGAAAUCAUUUCUGAAACUGCAGAUGGUUCAAACCCAGGUGUGAAGCAUAACUAAAAUUCAGAAAGAAAAAUGCAGGGUCAUACUUAGAUGCUAUGUUUCUGGGUAUAAUCCUGAAUAGUUGUGCCAAUCAUAAAUCCAAAUAUUCAUUUCUUUCUUUCCAUAUAUGACAUGGGGCACCCAUCAAAGGUAGAUCUUUGAGCACUAGCUUCCUAGCAGCCAUAGAUACACGUAGCACGUACCAAGCAUUUUUCUAAAUCACAAAUUAAAUUAAGCAUUUUAAUGUGGUGAAUUUAUUUGUAUUUUACAUCUUGAAACCUGAUAUUUUUCAUGAAUUUGAAAGUGACAGGGAAGCUUGGCAUGAAGUCUGACCAGUACCUUCAGAUAUAUAGGAUUUAGAUUAGGAAAAUAGAUGUUUGGUUAAAUUAGAAAGCCUAAAAUCUAUAAAAAAAAGAUAAUGAUGGUCUCCCUGAUGAAAUUUUAAUUUUUAGAGUAAGAUUUACUCCUUAAUUUUUAAGAAGUAUGGAUUACACACAUUGGAUUAAAGUGUUCUUGUUAUACUAACAAAGCAUUCAAAGACAUCUGAGUGCCUUUAUCUUUAUGCCUUAAGUUUAUUUUCUUAGCAUAUUGAUUACAGAAAAGGUUCAAAUCAUAUAGGACCACUUACUAAGUAGCAUAAUAAAUUUUCCUUUUCCUUUUUAAAUUAAUUAGGGAGUAUUUGCAACAAUAAUUUUUAUCAGAGUUAUAACUAUAUAUAGACUUGGAAGCCUUGCUUUUAAAAAUAUUGAUAGUAUGUUAAACCUUUAUCCAACCAAGUAUGUUAUUAGUUUUAAACUAAGCUGUUAAAAAUAUUCCAAGUUCACUAAUUUCAAAUAGAGAUGUUAAUAGCACUUAAACUUAGAUAUGAUUAUAUUCUUUAUUCUUAACCCUAGAACUGGUAAAUUCUGCAAUAAGGAAGUUCUAAUAAAUGCAAAUUAUUUAAUUCUAAAAUAAUCAGCAGCUCAAGUGAACUGAGAAUGAUUUUAGUGGUGCUUUCUUUUAAGAAAGUAUUUGCUUAAAGCAAGCGACAGUAUUGGUUUUGAAUAGGAACAUCAGAUGUGAUUUCAAAUAAGUAUUUGUAUUCUAUUAAUGCCAUGUAGCUUUAAUAAGGACAAAUCUUGUUCCUGCCAUUGUCCAGAUUUAAUGUAGAAUUCAGUAACACUUUCAACCAACUGUGCAGCAGUGUCAGACAUUUAAAAAAAUUGAUCAAAAAUAUUCUAAUAUAUUUGUUGAUUUUUUUUUAAUUGAAAUUUAUUGCACCUAUAGAGAAGUACAGACUUUUACGCUUGAAUGUAUAUCUCUAAGGUGAGGGUUUUUUUUAAAAGUAUUACUGUCAACAUACCAGUACAGGUUUGUUUGUGUACUUAUGUAUAUGUUAGUAAAUUACUGAAAACCAAAGCUUUUAUACUUAUUAGGUACAGCCAAAAGCACUAUUUAUCUAGUUUAGUGGCUGUUAGCAACUUUCCUGUGAUUUCUAAGUUGUGCUGGAUAUAUUUAUUACUAUGGCUCUCCCAGACACACAUGCAAUCCAAGUGGUUCCUUGAGCAGUAAUAUCCUACAAUUAUACCCACCAUGCUUUUGGAUAUUUAAAAAUGUUCUGGGGUCAUAAAAUGCAGUCUUUUUGGAAUCAAAGCCUUACAAUCCCGGGUACUACUAGUUAUAUACUAUUUUGGGAGCUAACUCGAGCUAACUCUAGUUCAGUGUUAAAUAUGUAGAUUCCAAUUGAAACGAGAGAGAGAGAGAGAGAGAGAGAGAGAGAGAGAGAGAGAGAGGGAGGAUCUGGUACAGAAAAUAAAGUAGAUGUAUCCCUUAAGGGAAAAUGAAGGUACUUAUCCAAAAUCUAGCUUUAUAUGGAAAGUAGAAAAAUUAGCUCAGAAUGAAAAAUGCUGCAGUUAUAAUAUAGACUAAAAUUUCAUCCAAAGCCUUUUCAAAAGUAAAGAAAUAUUUUUAAUGAAUUUAAACAUUGGCUUAAAUAUAUUGUAUUUGUCAUUGGCCUUUGAACUGUGGAGUUAUAUUUUAUAAUGGAUAUAUUGAGUAUAUCCUAAAUAUACCUACUAUGUUAGAUUGUACUUGCGGAUGAUAUAUAGGCCCUAUCAGAACAAUCUUUGGUUUCAUCAUUUCUCUAGGGCAAAUUAUUCUCAUAUCAUCCAUUAUACUAAUCAGACCUUUGGACAUAUUCUGUAGCAGAUAGUGAAGACCAUUACUAUUUGGAUGGUAUACUUGAAAUGGUGCAAUAUUCACACAGCUGUGAUCGUGCCGAUUCCCCUUUGAUCAUGUGAAAAUAGUCAUACAGCUGCAGAGAAAUGUGUACCUGGCAAAUGAUCCUGUAUAUGAGCACAGCAACUCUAUUUUAAUUAUUAUAAUUACAAAAUGAAAUGGAAAUGUUGCAGACUAUAUCAACCAUGAAGUUGAGCAUUUGGCUUAUGCAGAAGGAAUUUUGAAUGCAAGUAUCUAUCCAAGCAAGUGUGUUAAUUAUAAUAAUGAUUUUCCAAAUUUCCCAGUCUUAAUUUGGAAAACAAAUUCUCCUUAGUGAAAGAAAUCUAAUAAGCAGUCCUUAUAAUACCAUUUUUAACAUACAGUAUGCUGCCUUAGAAAAGAAAGAAGAUUAUUUUUAUUAUCUGUGAGGAUAAUUAUCUAAACCUCAGCAUCUUUUAUAAGAGAGGCUGGAGCCAGGUUCUUUGUCAGGCUGUACAGUGUAAAGUCAAUGACUGCUUUGAUUAUAUUAUGCCAUUCUUAAUAGAUGGAUAGUAGAUGAAACCAAAUGGAAAUUUUAAAAAUCCCAUAUAGAACAGUAUUUUGUCACAGCUCAAGAGAACUUAUCUUGACAACUUGAUAGCAAAUUCACAAACUUCAUAAACAUGAAAAAGGAGGAUUGUAUUUAAUUUGUUUGUGUGUAGCUCCUAAAAUCGACACAUUGAAGGCAAAAUCCCAAUGAAAUCUCAAUUUAGGACAGAAGCUUACUUUUAUUGUUAAUUUGGGUUUAACAAUGCGCAUAAUUAUUGCUGUGGCAAGGAAUGUGAAAUGACUUUAAAUUAAAUGUAUUUCUUUGAGAGGAACAAAAAGACUGAUCUACAGGCAUGGGGAGAUUAUGCCUAGAUUCCUGCAUGGGGAGGGGGUUGGAUUAAAUGGUCUCCAAGGUCUCUCUUUUCUGUGAUCUGAUUUCUUUCUCCAUUAACAUUUUACCAUAUUCUAUCUGACCUUGUUCUUGAGGAGUCCCUGUUUUGAAGGUCUAUAUUUGAGGAGACACAAGGGCUGCAGCAUAAGAAGAAAGUGGGAAUGUCUUCCUUUGUGAACAGAGGUCUCUGAUUGACCUGACAAAUAUACCAGGCAUAAAAGGUCAAAUUGUAGGAAUUUACAAUAAGGAGAGAAUAUUGGCCUAGCAUCAAAGUCGUUUUAAAAUUAUACAGGGUAAACGUUAAAGUUUUCAUUCAAGUACUUUAUAUUUUUCAUUUGGAUUGUUUUUUGGCCAUUACUUUAUUUAUUUUGCUAAUUUUAAUUUUUGCUACAUUCUGCCUAGAAAAUAUUUAUUCUAAAAGACAAUUUAUCUUUAAAAAUAAACUAUGUAUUUUGUUUCUUAUUCUGCCCUUUUCCCUCCUAUGGGUGGGCAUCACACAUGUUAGAUUAAAGUGGGUUAGAGAUGGAUUGUAGUUUCCAUCUAAGUAUUUCUGUACUAUCUUUUCCCCUCGGUAUAAAUAAUCAAAUAUUAUUCUAUUCUGAAAAUAAGUUUACAGCUUAAGGGGAAAAGGAGACUUAGUAUAAUGAGCCAAAGUAUUCCUUGUGCCAUAGCAAAUUAAAACAUUGCACAUACUCAGUCUCAUCAUUCCAAACAAUUUAGAGCCAUAGUCUCUUUGGUGUCUUAGGACAAUGAAUAUUAAAGACAGGCAAGCAAGUGGGCAAACCUGAGGUUUCAGAGCGACUGGAAUCUUAGAAGCAUUUUUAUCUUGAAAGUGCAAACUUUUCAUAUCUCAAACAAGAAUGUACAUAGCAAACCUAUUACAUUCCUUUGGGAAUAGGUGGGGAAUUAUAUAAAUGCUCUCUAGUACAGGUUUUUUUUUCUGUUUCUCCCCUUAAAUUAAACACACAAAAGCUAAUAAUUUCUCCAAUGGUGUUUCAUUGUGACAGUCAAACUUAAAUGAUUGACUUACAAGGGAGAGGUUACUGGGUGUUAACAAUCUGCUAUGGGGGACAAUUACAAUUACUUUCCUACAAAGUUUACUGGGUCUGUAUUCUGAGAAACCUCAAAAAUGAAAUGGUGUCAAUAAUGGGAAUAUUCAGAGUUAACGUGUUUAGAAUUAUUCAAUUUUAUUAACUUCACAUACAAUCUAUCCCCAUGCAACCCCACACAUGUAUGCACAUGUGCACCCAACAGGCACAUAAUCAGUUUUUAAAAAUAUAUAAUGCUUUCUUUUGGAACAGGGUCUAAAAGCUCAAUUUCACGUUGCUUGCUUUUUCUAUGAUUGUUUUGCUAAUAUCACCAGUUUAAAACUUGAUACUUUUAACUGUAAAAAAGAAAUAGAUUACCACAAUUAUGAUACUGUCAUACCUCUAGCAAGUGUCACUAUAUAUGAGGAAGUCAGUGGCAGACUCAUUUUUCAAAAAGCUAUGAAUAAUAAUAUAUAGAUCUUAUCCUUUUGAUCUAAUGUACAUUUUUAUGCAGCUGUCAAUUUCUCUAUUUAAUCCCUUUAUUUCUCUAAAUGUUUUUACUCUCUGUUUGAAUGCUGGGCACCGUUUGUAACGUAUGUACACAAUGGUAUUUUUUUCUAUCGAUGUUGACUCUUUUGCACAUUUUUUGAAAAUGUUUAAUUUGUACACUGAUUUAAUACUCUGACCAACUGUUAUGGAGUGUAUGCAAAAAAUGUAUGUGUGCAAUGUACUACUGUCUUGAAUGUAUGAGGAUUUUCUAAUUCAGUAUAAAUGUAUGUCAACUUCUGGCUUUAUCUUGGUUGAGGAACUCAGGACAUUAACAUUGCUUACUAGUUCCCCAUUGUAAAUCUAAUCCAGCAACUUGGUUGCAUCUAAGCAGCUUAUUCUCUCUCUUUUCCACACAUGCACGCAUACCCACAUGCACACAAAUCAUUCCAUUUGUGAACAGGAAUUUUCCAGCUCACUUCAUACUGUUGGAAUAUACCAAUCAAAUAUUGGCAAUAGAUUGCAACAUAAUUGGUUUAAAAUAGCAGUUAACUGAGUUUUCUCUUUCCUGUCUUUAAUGUAAGUCUUUUCACAUUCAGUUUUGAGUAUUUGACCAUUAUUUGAGUGGAAAAUUGGCCAAAUGCCAAAUAGUUUCACCUAUGUGUGAUGAGAGUGCAUGCAAACUUUUCAGAAGUAUGAAGCAACUAAGGAAACACUGCUUACAUGAAACUUCAUGCACUCAUCAAAGCCUCGGUAAACUUUCUGUUGUGGCAAAGAUGUCUAACUUUCAAAAAUAAGGUAUACAAAAAUACCUUCAAUGUACUGUGUUUUCUCUUUCCAACAGACUCCACAGAUUCAUUUCUACAUUUUUAAAUAAUUCUUUUUUUAAAGGUACUGCAUUUAGUUAGAUAAAUAUAUAAAAGCUUUGAAAGAUAAUUUACUAGAUAAAUAUAUUUUCAGCUGGCUGAUGUUCAGAAAAUAUUUUUUUAAUUUUUGUUUUUAACCAUUCAAAAUGUAUUUGUAUUUCCAGAAUUGGACAUGAAUUGUAUAUUAAAACACUCUGGCUGGACAAUGGUUUGGUUUGUCUUGUAAGGAUUGUAUCUCUCUCUCUUUCUCUCUCUUUUUUUUAAAAAAACCCUGAAAAGUGUUUCCUUGAUACAGAGAAUAGUAAUACUGCUCUGCAAAGCUGAAAGCAAUCUUUGAAUUUAUAGCUGCUUGAAAAAAUUGAGACACAUAACCAGUCUUAGAAAAGUCAGAUGAUGUUUUUAUUGCCUGUUCCCUUUUGUUACAAUGAAUGUUAUGUCUCCCUCUGGAUUUUAAAUCUUUCCUUGUUUUCUGGUACUGGGAAAAUUAAAGCAUAUUGAGGGUACUACCAAUGUUUAAAUUUAAGUUGACAACCUAGUUUGAAAGAAUCUUUGUAUUAAUGAUUAAGACGUACCAACUAUAAGGUUGGGAAAUAGAGCACUGGGGAUCUCAAGAAUCGACAUAAAACUGGUAUUCUUUUUUUUAAAGAGUGUACUAAUGGCCUGGUAUGGUGUGGUUUAUUCCAUUGUUCAUGCACAUUAGGACUUCGUUAUAGUGCUUGUACAAAAUGUAUAAUUUUUAAUUUUUUUUUAAAAGUAUGUAUUUAUCCAUUAUUUUCCUGCUGGUAAAUGGCUUUUUGUUUUAUUUUGGGGUUUUUAUCAAAUAUAAAGUAAGCCAUGCUUUUAUUAUCUUGUGUUUGACCAAAUGACUUUGUUUUAUGAAAUGUGUAUUGCUGGUACACAUCUUCGUUCAGAACGAUUGUGCAUGACAACCUGCAAGAAUUAAUACAAGAAAGAUUUUUUUUCCUUCCAUGUUAUUUCAUUCUGGAAAGGUUAUGGUGCAAAGGUAUACUGGAUGUAACCUUAUGAGCUUAUGGAAUGACUAUAGAUAAUGGCACUUUUAAGUGUUAAUAAAACAAAUAUUUAUUUCCAA